UACCAAACUCCCUAAGCCACGUUUAUUUUAAAAAAAAGAACUCCCUAAGCCACAAUUCUUCUCUAUUUUACACGCACAAAUUCACAGAUAGACACUGAUCCAUAUUAACCCAAAAUGGCACACCUGCCCAGAAGCUCUCUUGUCCUCGCACAAAUUCUCUCUAUGUUCAUUCCCUUAGUGGUAGCUUCUCCUGAUCCUGCUGCUAUGACAUACAAUGUAGUUAGUUUAGGAGCCAAAGCAGAUGGUACAACAGACUCAACUCAGGCUUUUGUUAGUGCAUGGACAAAAGCUUGUGGCUCCACAAAUCCUGCCACGAUUUAUGUGCCAGAAGGGAGGUUCUAUCUCAGGCAAGUGGUGUUUAAUGGACCAUGCAACAACAAUGCUAUCAUUAUGCGCAUAGCUGGGACCCUUGUGGCCCCAUCGGACUAUAGUGUCCUUGGAAAUACAGCAAACUGGCUUGUGUUUGAGCAUGUUGAUGGGGUUACCAUAUCUGGUGGAAUUCUUGAUGCCCAAGGCACUGCCUUGUGGGCUUGCAAAGCCUCUGGCAAUACUUGUCCUGACGGAGCCACGACAUUGGAAUUUUCCAACUCGAAUAACAUUGUGGUUAGUGCAUUAAGCUCUCUAAACAGCCAGAUGUUCCACAUUGUUGUCAAUGGUUGCCAAAAUGUAAAAAUGCAAGGUAUCAAGGUCACCGCAGAUGGAAACAGCCCAAACACAGAUGGAAUUCAUGUUCAAUUAUCUUCAAGUGUUACAAUUCUCAACUCCAAGAUCAAGACUGGUGAUGAUUGCAUCUCAAUUGGCCCUGGUACCACUAACUUAUGGAUUGAGAAUGUUGAAUGUGGACCUGGGCAUGGAAUCAGCAUUGGGAGUUUAGGCAAGGACCAAGAAGAGGCUGGUGUGCAAAAUGUGACAGUUAAAACAGUUACUUUUACUGAUACUCAGAAUGGAGUAAGGAUUAAGUCUUGGGGAAGACCUAGCAAUGGGUUUGCUAGGAACAUUCUUUUCCAACAUGCUGUUAUGAUGAAUGUCCAAAAUCCAAUUGUGAUUGAUCAAAAUUACUGCCCCAACAACAAAGGUUGCCCAGGCCAGGCUUCUGGUGUAAAAAUUAGUGAUGUGACAUACCAAGACAUCCAUGGAACAUCAGCAACAGAGGUUGCUAUGAAAUUUGAUUGUAGUUCAGGAAACCCGUGCUUUAAUAUAAAAUUGGAGGAUGUAAAACUCACUUAUAACAAUCAAGCAGCUCAAGCUUCAUGUAGCCAUGCUGCUGGAACAUCUACUGGUUUUGUCCAGCCCACAAGUUGCUUGUAGGUGGAAAAGGGAUACAAAAUCCACAUCUUAAAAUUGAUGAAGGAUAGAAAAGGAAUCUAUCGUUCUUGUCCUUUCAUUAUUAGGACAAAAUUUCUACCAUUUAUAUUUUAUAGUGUGAUAGGUCAUGGAGUAAGGAGUUUUUUGCUUGAGCCCGUGGUGGUGCUAGCCCAUUGGGCUUUCUUGGAGCCUGGCCUCGCAAUCAGGAUAUAUAGUCUUAAAUGUUUAAAGUUCAAACCCCUAUAUGGGUGUUUGUAUGAUGAUUGAUGAACUGUUG